AUGCCUGGUGACACCGAACCCGCCAAUGGUACCGCAGCCCAGACUCCCGCCCAGACUCCAGCUCACGAACAUCAUAUUCAAGCCGUGAGUUUGAAACUUCCCCAGUAUUGGCCGUCUGAUCCCGAACUUUGGUUGUGCCAAGUCGAAGCACAAUUCCGCGCACGUGGAAUUUGCAUGCGGAUCACCAAAUACGGACAUGUAAUUAGUGCUCUGCCACCGGAGAUUGCUGCAGAAGUGCGCGACAUUAUCGUGUCACCUCCUCCGCACAACCCGUACGACAAAGUGAAAGAGGACUUGAUUCGACGGACAGCAGCGUCGGAACAACGACGUCUUCAACAGCUCCUCAUCGCGGAGGAACUAGGUGACAGGAAGCCGUCGCAACUUUUGCGACGCAUGCAGCAACUUCUUGGCUCCAACACACUGGACAACACGAUUCUGCGUGAGUUGUUUUUGCAGCGCCUGCCAUCGCAAGUGCGCAUGGUGCUUACAGCAGCAGGCGAUAUCAGCAUCGAUGACCAGGCACGUCUCGCUGACCGUAUCUUGGAACUUUCGAUUCAGUCAACAUCUCCGAUCGCGUCGGUCGACGCAGCCGCAGCGUCGAGCUCAAGCACCGGUGCGUCACACACGCCACCUAUUCAACAGGUUGUGCCAGUGUCCGAAUCUAUCGCAGCACUUACGACCAACGUCCAGCAACUACAGAGCACUGUAGCACACUUGACAAACAUGGUCGCCAAUAUGCAAGGAUUCAUCGGGAAACGCAACUCCCAGCCACUAACGACGGCUGGUGCUGCCGGGGAAUGUGAAAGCCGUCUCUUCUUCGUUGCUGAUAAGUGCUACGGUACGAGAUUCCUUGUGGACACUGGUGCUGACGUAAGCAUCAUCCCGCCGACCCCACAAGACCGUCGUUUGCGCUCUCCAGAGUACAAGUUGCGCGCAGUGAACCACUCUGCCAUCGCCACUUACGGAGAACGUUCACUGACUCUGAACCUAGGACUUCGCAGAACAUUUCAGUGGAUAUUCGUUAUUGCUGAUCUACCCCACGCCAUUCUCGGUGCCGACUUUCUCAAGUUCUUCGAUCUCCUCGUUGACGUACGCCGGAAGAGGCUCGUGGACAAUUCCACCACCCUGAGCAUCUGCGGCGUGCCAUCUGCUUACUCCCCCAUCGGAUCUACGUUUCUCCUCCCUUCGACAUCUACUCGAUUCUCAUCUCUUCUGCGAGACUUUCCUGAUGUUGUGCGUGCUACACCAUCUCCUACGCCAGCGCGUCACAACGUCACUCACCACAUCGUGACGAGCGGUCCGCCUGCACACGCUCGUCCAAGACGCCUCCCUGCUGAACGUCUUGCGAUUGCUAAGCGUGAAUUCGACCAUAUGUUGGAGAUGGGUAUCGUUCACACGUCUUCCAGCCCAUGGGCAUCCCCCCUGCAUAUGGUCCCCAAAAAGAAUCCUGGCGACUGGAGGCCGUGUGGAGACUACCGUGCGUUGAACAACAUCACCGUUCCGGACAGAUAUCCAGUCCCACAUAUCCAAGACUUCACAUCUCAUCUACAUGGUGCCACAAUGUUUUCCAAGAUUGACCUCAUGAAGGCCUACUUCCAAAUCCCGGUAGAGUCUGCAGACAUUCCCAAAACGGCCAUCAUAACACCUUUCGGUCUCUUUGAGUAUGUCCGUAUGCCAUUUGACCUACGUAACGCCGUUCAGACCUUCCAGAGAUUCAUCGACGAUGUGUUACGCGGACUCGACUUCUGCUUCGCGUACGUCGAUGACAUCCUGGUCGCCAGCACGUCAGAAGAAGAGCAUGAACAUCACCUUCGCUUGCUUUUCCAACGACUGCAGGACAACGGCGUAGUGAUCAACGCCGCUAAAUGCAUCUUCGGCGUAGAUGCAUUGGAAUUCCUUGGCCAUCGCAUUGAUGGACACGGCAUAACACCGCUGCCAGAGAAAGUCGAUGUCAUCAAAGACUUUCCCCUACCAUCGACCCGUCGAAAGCUGCGAGAAUACUUGGGACUUGUGAACUUCUACCGACGGUUCAUUCCUCACUGCGCCCAAAUUCUCGAGCCUCUUCACAACCUCUUGACGAGCUAA